UAUUGGCCGGAGAAAGAACAAUGGCAUCGGCUGUGAACACAAAUAGCCGUUAGACGGAUGGUUCGAUUCAGAGCCAAUCACCUCUACACACGGUAUUUAUCCACAUCUUCGACGACACCUAAUUCAACUAUCCCAUACCUCAAUUCUCACAUCAUCUUCUUCCUUUCCGACCGAAUCCCAGACCCCAAAUCCAUCCUCCAAUCCCACGCCUACAUCAUCACAACUGGACACACAAACAACCCCUUCAUAGCAUCAAAGCUCAUCUCCCUCUACGCUUUUCUCAACAAACCCACCUUUUCCUCGAAAGUUUUCCAUUCAGUUCAAUCCAAAGAUGCCUUUCUAUGGAACUCUGUGAUCAAAUCCCAAUUCUCCAAUGGGUGUUACUCACAAGCCCUUGAUUUUUACCACCAAAUGCGAUUAUCUUGUAUAAAACCAAACCCUUUUACCGUUCCUAUGAUUGCUGCUUCUUGUGCUGAGCUUUUGCUGUUAACAAAUGGCAUGGAAAUACAUGGGUUGGUUACGAAACUUGGGUUUAUUAGCACGGGUAAUUCUGCGGUUGGGUCUUCGUUUAUUUACUUUUACUCGAUGUGUGGGUGUAUGGAGGACGGAGCUCUUGUGUUCGACGAAAUGCCAGUGACGGAUGUGGUUGCUUGGACCGCACUGGUUAUUGGGUACGUGCAGAACGAUGAGAGUGAGAAGGGUUUGGAAUGUCUUUGUCAAAUGCAUAGGGUUGGUGGGGACGGGGAGAGACCGAAUUCUAGAACAUUUGAAGGAGGGUUUAAAGCAUGCGGGAAUUUGGGUGCUUUGUUGGAAGGAAAGUGCUUACAUGGUUUAGUGGUGAAAACUGGAAUUGGGUGCAUAAAUGUUGUUCAAUCGUCGGUUUUGCGUAUGUAUACGAAGGGUGGGACCCCUGAGGAAGCUUACCUUUCGUUUUGUGAAGUUCAACAGAAGGAUCUUGUAUCGUGGACGUCUGUUAUUGGUGUUUAUUCAAGAUUUGGGUGGAGUUCCGAGUGCUUGCAUCUGUUUUGGCAAAUGCAGGUUACUGGAGUACAUCCAGAUGGAGUUGUUAUCAGUUGUCUGCUUUCGGGGUUUGGUAAUUCUAUGAGGGUCUCCGAAGGAAAAGUUUUUCAUGCGGUGAUCUUGAGGCAUAAUUUUAUGAUUGAUGAAAUGGUAAGUAAUGCCUUGUUGUCAAUGUAUUGUAGGUUUGGACUUUUUUCUAUUGCAAAGAAGCUUUUUGAUAGAGUACGAGAUGGGAACACAGAAUCAUGGAAUAUUAUGGUUUUUGAGUAUAGUAAGGUAGGACUAGAAUCAAAGUGCUUAGAACUUUUUACUGAAAUGCAACAUCUGGGUAUUGAGUUUGAUUCAAAUAGUUUGGUAUCUGUGAUUUCUUCGUGUUCACGAUUGGGGGCAACACGUUUAGGUCGUUCACUUCAUUGUUUCGUGAUUAAAAGUUUAAUGCAUGAGAACGUCUCCAUUGCCAAUUCGCUUAUAGACAUGUAUGGUAAAAGAGGAAACUUAGUCAUUGCAUGGAAGAUAUUUAGUCGGGCACGGAAGGAUACUGUCACGUGGAACACAUUGAUUUCAUCUUACAGUCGUAGUGGACGUUCUACUGAUGCUUUAGGCCUCUUCGAUAAAAUGGUCUCAGAAGGCUUCAAGCCUAAUUUAGCAACACUGGUUACAGUUCUCUCUGCUUGUUCCCAUAUUGCAUCUCUAGAGAAAGGAGAACAGAUUCACAGUUAUGCCAAGGAUGAAGGAUUUGAGUUUGAUAUAUCUCUUUCCACUGCAUUAGUUGAUAUGUAUGCAAAAUGUGGGCAACUCGAUAAAUCAAGGAAAUUUUUUGAUGCAAUGAAAGAAAAAGAUGUUAUUUCUUGGAAUGUUAUGAUCUCUGGUUAUGGAAUGCAUGGAGAUGCAGAAUCUGCAAUAGAAAUCUUUAAGCGGAUGGAGCAGUCAAACGUCAGACCAAAUGAGCUUACAUUUCUUGCUGUUCUCUCUGCUUGUACACAUGCUGGGCUUGUCGGAGAAGGUAAAAGCUUCUUUGAUAGAAUGGGGGACUGUGCUUUGUUGCCAAAUCUGAAGCACUAUUCUUGUAUGGUUGAUCUCCUAGGGAGAGCAGGAAAUUUGUUGGAGGCUGAAGAUUUGGUUCUUUCAAUGCCUAUUCCUCCUGAUGGGGGUAUUUGGGGUUCUUUGUUAAGUGCUUGCAAGAUACACAAUGAUGCUGAAUUCGGUAUAAAGGUUGCUAAACAUGCUAUUAAAGCUGACCCAGAAAACGAUGGCUACUAUGUAAUGAUUGCCAACCUGUAUACCUCUCUUGAGAAGUGGGAUGAGGCAGAAAAUGUGAGAGUAAAAAUGAAGGAAAUGGGUGUGAGGAAGAGUGCUGGUUGGAGUACAGUAUAUAGCGAACAAGGAGGAGGGCUUCCAUCUCCCACAGCUGCUGUCAUUGGAAUCAGUAUGCACAUUUAAAGGUUUGAAGCAUGCAACAUUGUCCUUUCCCGUCCCAGAAGUCCACUCUACCUGGAAAAUGGCCAACCAAUGGUGCUGCGUUAGGCUUGUAAUAUCUAAUUAAGUUGAGAAACAGAAUCUAUAAAUGCUAAUAUCCAAAUAAGUCUUUCUUAUUAAGUAGGAAGAUAAAAAAGAAGACUACAUGUUGAGAGAGUGAAGAAGACAAGACUUAUGAUGGGGGGAUUAGUCCCCGGGUGUUACUUGUUAAAGUGUGCGUAAGCUUGCUCGGAUACGUGGACAUAACAAAAAAAGAAGAAAGACUAGCAAAUUCAGAGGCAAAAACAAAUUAUAAUUUUCUCUUCUGAAAAGAAAGUUGGAGGUUUGGGGAUGCAAGAUGCAACUUGGAUAGAUGCACUUAUAACACAAGAAGCUCCAAGGGUCUGAACAAAUCACUGCAUGCUUUGGGGAUGCAUGGGAUUCUUCAAUUCCUGGAAUGAACAGUCUCCAUUGCAUCAGAAAUGACCAGGUACUUUU